UUUGAGUAAGUCAGUGUGUGUGUUUUUGUUUUUUGUGUGGAAUGCUGUCGGUCGUAUCCACGGGAGAUGAAGAUAUCGCUCCACAGUGACGACACAGAGGAGCCACCUGAUGUCUUAUAUCAACGCCCAUACAGCCUGCAGCUGUGUGGGAGGAGAGCCCGGAGGUUAACACGCAGCUUUGAAUGUGAAAACGGUGUUUAGUCAGUCUUUCCUCUCCGUGGAUGGAUUUUUCCGUGCCUUAUAAGUCCACUGUGAAGAACGCUGCGCCGAGGACGGAAAUGCGACGUCAUUCAAAGAAGAAGAAUGUUGUUUUGGCAGUGCUGCUUAUCGUCGGAGCAUUAUACUUCAUUAGCCAUGUGGACUUCUUCAUUGCUGGCCUGUCAAGGUCACACGAACCAAUUCCUAAUGAGUUAACUUGGCAAACGGAGAGGUUGAUCAGUAAGGAGUCCUGGGUGGAACAGGGAGAUUACCUGCCUCUCAAUGUAUCCUAUCAGCUGCUUGCUGGAGCACCAUCUACUCAACAGAGGUAUUUAUCAGUUGGAUUGUCAUCAGUGAAGAGGAAGAAGGGCAGCUACCUGAUCCCCACCUUGCAGUCCCUCUUCUCCCAGUCUUCUCCUCAGGAGCGUUCCUCCAUGGUGGUCAUUGUUCUGCUAGCAGAUUUUGAUUUCAGCUGGACAGUCGCUACAGUGAAGGAGAUCAAAACUGCUUUUGCCUUAGAGCUGGAACAAGGCCAGCUCGUGGUCCUCCAUGUUCCUCAGGACUGGUACCCUCCUCUUACAGGUCUAAAGAGGAACUACAAUGAUGCUCCAGAAAGGGUAUCAUUCCGUUCCAAGCAAAACAUGGAUUACGCCUUUCUGAUCCACUACAGUGCUGGUCUGAGCAGAUACUACCUCCAGCUGGAGGAUGACAUCUUGUCUGCAAAAAACUUUGUGACCACCAUCAAGAGGCAUGUUGAGGAGCAAGAGGCGAAGAAGGACACGUGGGCUAUGCUAGAAUUCUCAGCGCUCGGCUACAUCGGGAAACUCUACAAAUCAGCCCAUCUUCCUCUCUUGGCGCGCUUCCUCUACCUCUUCUACCAGGAAAUGCCCUGUGACUGGUUAAUGUCUCACUUCAGAGUGCUGUUGACUCAGAAAAAGCCACUUAUCUUCAAACCCUCUCUGUUCCAACACGUGGGGACUUUCUCCUCAUUCCAAGGGACAUACAACAAGCUAAAGGACAAGGACUUUGAGGAGGGGCCCUACACCAAUCCAUCUGCUGAGGUUUACUCUAAUAUGUCCGCCUACAAGGACCACUUCCCCAAACUGGCCUGGGAUGCCGGGGAGGGAUUCUUCUGGGGACGCUCCCCAGAAAAAGGAAGCUACCUGACAGUGGUGUUCAAAGAGCCUAUAGUGGUGAUGGGGAUAUUAGUAGAAACAGGAACAGGGGGCAAAGACCUUCUGGAGUCAGCUCAGGUGGAAAUAGGUCAUGAUGUGGUUGCUACCAUGAACAAGGAGAAGAGUUGUAAAGAGUUCCAGACAGUGGGGACGUUAGAGAACGGAAACUUUGAGAUGCAGGAGAUUGACAAGAAGUAUAGCUCCACCUCUUCCUGUUUGAGGAUAACUGUCACAGCUGGACAGAAGGACUGGGUAAUCAUUAACAAAAUCAGGAUCUCAACAAAAGCAAGUACACCUACACGACAAGUAUAGUGACAUCCUGCCAGAAUAAUGAUUUACCUUGGUUUGAUCUGCUGGACCUUGUAUGAAGGCUGAUUGUGUGACUUUGUGCCUUGUUGAAGGGUAAAUUAAUUAACUUUAUAAUAAUAAUAAUAACUCUGAAGAAAAUUCCUUCCAUAUGAAGAAAAUUCAGAAUAUGAAGAAUGUUUGACCAAUCUCUGUGAUAACUUGUUGUGUCUCUUGUUUUAUUAUAAGCUAUAGGCAAGAAAGUCCACGUGAUAUAUUGUUAUGCCUUAUGUAUCAGACACAGCAGAGGUGGUCAUUGGUCUGUCCAUUGUUUUUGAAUGUUGAGGUGUAAAGAAAGUAUCACUGAAAAUCAUGUGCUUGUAUAACAGUGAGUCAUGGGGACAGGGCCAUUCUGUGCUUUGCCAUGGAGCCCAAGUUAGAAUGUAACACACACACACACAUCUGUUAGUAUGACCGCACCUAGAGCCUUACGGUGUUCAGGACUUUGUUCAGUAUGAACAAAGUCAACCACUUUGAUUGUAAACAAAUGAUUUUAUCAAACACAUUAAUGGGAGUGUGUCUGGGCUCUUUUAAAGUCCCGUUGAUAACUAUCAAUUACAUAUUCAAGUCACUUCUGUGUGUUUCUGGAGGACCUCUUAGGGUAUAUUCCUAUAUUCUCCUUUAUGCCUGACUCAUAGUAUAAAGACUGAGACUUGCUUUUUUUAUAUACCGCCCAUCAUGCCCCAAAUGUUGCUAAAAUGUUAGAAACACAUAUCUAUGGUCAACUCGUGUUUCCUGUGUUCCCAUGGAGGAGAGAACAAUAGCUUCUUGUUUUGCAGUGGUUAAUGGCACUGAACACUUGAUUGUUACUCUGGUCAGCUCACAGAACAAUAACUCAUUCUAGAGGGACAAGUGAUAAAGAAAAACCCACAGAGGCUGCAGGCGAUAUUGAUUAGGCUAUUCAAAACUUUUAUUGGUUGGAGGUGUGACAUAUACUGUAUUUUUUUUUUUUAUAAUACCUAUGCAAAGGAUAUUUUAGAAUGUGUUUUUCAUGCUACUGUCUACAUAAAUAUAUAUUUAAAUCUUAAAUAUAUUUAAGGAUAUUUUAUUUUUUCUUUCUUUUUUUACUCUUCUGUCUACUCAGGUCUGUCGUGUGAAUGAAAUCUGGAUCGCAGUGUGAGUUGCGGAUUAAUAAUGUUUAAUUUAAUAUUCAAAACAUUAUAAGAAAAGCGUUUUAUAUUUUUCCUUGGUGAAUAUAUAUAUAUAUUGACCUAAAACUGGGACAGUUAAUGGGCAUUUAUUUUUGUCUGUAUUUUUUCAUCCACUGAGAAUUAAAUAAAGACGUUCAUUGGU